ACGUAGCUAUGGGAGGGUUUGCCCCUACCCCUACCAUAAGAGGCGAAAUGGUAGGGACUGGAGCUCCGGAGUGGACUUCUGUCCCGCAUUCUGCAGCCGAACAUGCUUGAUGGAUCCAGGAAAUCCACGGGCUUGAAUAAUAGGAGGUGUCCCAUUUCUACCACUUCCACUCGUUUGUGCCCCUAACGAUCGCUUUGUGCGUUCCUGACAAACUGAAGAGUGUCCCAAUACGAAGGAGAGUGGAAGUGCAGUUAAACCCAGCACUCCGUUUGUAGUGGGUCGAGCCCUUCACUAAUGAGUAUGGAAGAAUACUUUUCCCAGAAUGCUCUACGAAGUCAGGACUCGACUUUGAAAAAAAUGGCGGCCGUACCGACUGUGAAGGAGACAUAUAAAUGGACAGCGGAGCAGACAAGGGGACUGAUCAACUUCAGAGUGAAACACCAGGAUCAAUUUAAUAAGAAACAUAAAUAUGUGUCCAAGAAGCUGUGGGAGAUAGCCGUGAAGCAACUGGGUUUGGAAGGGAUCGUCACGGGCGUCCAAGCCGGCAAGAAGUGGGAAAAUUUAAAAAUGAAAUACACGAGGAUUAGUAAUCCUAGGGCGGGGUCGGUGACUGAUGAGGGGGGGUUCAGACCCUCAGACUGGCGCUACUUUCGAGAUAUGCAUGCUGCACUGGGGGGCAAACCAUCCAUUGGACUACCAGGGGAUCCAGUGCCAAUCCUAAUGGCUAUGGUGGUACCCCAGAAGACGGCUGAAGAUGCCAUCGCCAUCUCCACCACCACCUCCACCCCUGCAGCCACUGCCGCCUCCUCUACUACCACUCCGCCUCCAUGCAAACAGCCAAGGCACAACAACACCGUAUUGGAUUUUUUUGAAGCAGAGUCGUUGAAGGAGCAGGGAUGGCUAGAGGAAAUGGGUGAGCGGGCGUCCUCGGGCAUCAAGGCGGACCACCACCCCAACGAGAUGGAGCUGAUGCUGGAGGACAGUGGCGAAAUGGUGUGGGUGACGCCUACGGAGGGGUAUGGUGGCAUGACGACGGGCGCCAACCAGACAGCCAAUCAGGGACAAGGGGAGGAGGAGCAGGACCGACUGGAGAUUGAGCACGAGAGGGCGCUGCUGGACAGCGAACGCACCCUGCUGGAGCGGGAGCGAGAGGUGCUGGAGAGAGAGCGUAUCCUGCUGGAGAGGGAGAGGGCGGGUCUUCAUCGGGAGCUGGCGUCUCUGGAUCGAGACCGGGCGUCUCUGGAGCGCGACCGGGCUACGGUGGAGCGGGAGCGGGCAGCGGUGGACUGGGAACGAGCCAUGCUGGAGAAGGAGAGGGCGCGGCUGGACCGGGACAGACUGACCAUGGGCAUCGAUGCCAUGACGGGCAGGGGGGUGUCAUCAAUGGUGGGUGGGGUGUCAUCAAUUGGGGUGAUGAACGGGAGGACGAACUCUGUUCCCCCCAGCCCAGCUGCCACAGACGGGAUCAGACCCGCCGAGGUGGAUCCGGAAUGUGUGGAGAGGAAGCAGAAGUUCAUGGACCUGCUUGAGAACCUUCUGCAGAAGUUCUGAAUGUUCUUUUUUUGUUUUCCGGAAUGUGUGGAGAAGAAGAAAAAAAUCACUGAUGAGAACCUACCCAGAGGUUGUAAGGUUCUAAAUAUUCUCAUUCUUUUGUUUUCCGGAAUGUGUGGAUAUUGAGGAGGCAGAAGUUCCUUGAUCUACUUGUGAACCUUUUUGUAGAACUUUUAGUUCUUUUGUUGGAAUUGAAAACAAAACACAAACAGGAAACAAAACACUGAUGAGGAUCAUUUGCAGAGGUUCUCAAUGAUCACGAACUCAUUCUUUUGUUCCGGAAUGGGUGUAGAUUCAGCAGGCAGACGAUCCUUUACCCUCUUGUGGACCUUUUGCAGAACUUAGAAUGUUCUAGUUCUUUUGUAGGAAAAAAAAAAAAAACUUAGCACUGAAAAAAAAAAAUAUUGAACUGAUCACUGAUGAGAAUCUUUUACAGAUGUUCUGAAUGUUGUCAUUUUUUGUUCCGGAAUGUGUGGAGAUGGAGGGUGUAGAAGUUAUUUGACCUGCUGGAGAACCUUUUUAUUUUUCUACUUAUCUUGUUGUAAAUAAAAACAAAAUCCACAGAAAGAAAAACACUGAUGGAAUGGGUGAUCUUUGUUUUGCUGCACCA